UUGGGGGGGCGUGAUUUGUGCGGGGAGGGAGACAGGGCUGGCCUGGAGGCCCCUAGCGCCUGUAAUAGCCCGAGAACGGACCCAUUUGUGGCCUUCUAUGCGACCCGUAGGCAGCAAUGGCCGUAGCUGCGGCUUUUAUUCCUUAGGAGUUAGGGACCCACCUCCUCUGUCCCUAUCCUGUAGUCCCUCUGCAUGGCGCCUGCCCCUGUAUGCUAAUAGGCCGCCCCAGACAUCCUGUCCUUCACGUUGCCCUUUCUGCAGUAAUGGUGCCAUCCGCCCCGCCCCCUCUCGCAGUGAUGGACCAGGUUAUGUGGUCCUGUGCUCCUGUAACUUCAACAUUCAAUGACUAUCCUCCAAGUCUUUCUAUCGUUAUGGCUGUCUGUGACUGUGGGCCAAGCUGUCCACCCACAGUAAUAAGCCUAACUCAUGGCUGUACCUUCAUCUUAAUCUUCAAAUUAAUGGCUCUAUUUGUGGCACCUGUAAUAAGGGGUGAAGCCCUGAUUCUGUGCCAAUUCCCCAUAUCCCCUCCCUACCAGGAUAGGCCUAGUUUCACCCCCAUGUCCGUGCUCCCAGACAAUUUCACCCCUAUAUCCGUACUUUGUGUCUUCUUCCCCUGUGUCUUCAUGCCCCUCUUUCUCCCUUUGGAGUCAUGGGAUGGCUAGUGGCCCACAGCUCCCCCUAUACUUUGCCUCAUUGUUGUGUUGGAACCAUCCAUAGCCCUCUCUCUCUCCCCACCUUCGUGAUAACCAGCUGGCUGGCCCAUGACCUUGUGUCUGGAGUGAUGGACCCAUCUGUGACCCUGUGGCAGUUCCUGCUGCAGCUGUUGAAGGAGCAGAGUAAUGGGCACCUAAUAGCCUGGACAUCUAGCGACGGGGAAUUCAAACUGGUAGACGCUGAGGAAGUGGCACGGCUCUGGGGUCUGCGAAAGAAUAAGACCAACAUGAACUACGACAAGCUGAGCAGGGCGCUUCGGUACUACUAUGACAAGAAUAUCAUCCGUAAGGUGAGUGGGCAGAAGUUCGUCUACAAAUUCGUAUCCUUCCCGGAGGGGCCAGGCCACGAAGGGGAGGAGGGCCAGGUCCGGGCUGAGAUAUCUCCAGAGCCCCUGCGGCCGCUGAAGGCCUCUCUAGGGAGCAUUGGGUCCUCUGCCCCCACCCCUGUGCGCAGCAGCCGGAAUGAGUACAUGCGUUCUGGGCUCUACUCCACCUUCACCAUCCAGUCCCUGCAGCAGCUAAGCCCAGUCCGGCCUGCUCGGCCAGUACCGGAGCCACUUAGCCCAGCCAGCCUUGAGGCCCCAGAGGCCCGAAUGCCAUUGCAGGUCAUCCUAAUGGCCCCUGCCGAAGGCGUUGCGGAGGCCGGGGAGCCCGAGGCUUCGACCACAGCCGCAUCUCUGAUUCUUCCAUCCGAAUCGAAGGGGGAGCGGCCUCUGGAGGAGGGGACUGCUGUCGUCAUGGAGACUGGCUUGGAGGUCGUCGAGUCGCCGGGCCCCGCCCCCGCGCCGACCCCAGAAUCCAAGGCCCACCCCCCAGCCCCCUCCAAGGGUCGCAAACCCCGCGAUUUGGAGUUGCCGCUGGGGCCGAGCCCCGAGCCGGCCGCGGUUUCCGGCCUCGGCCAGGCACUCACGCCUUCUUUGCUCACCUCCCACGCCCUGACCCCGGUGCUUCUGACGCCCAGUGCGCUGCCCCCCAGCAUCCACUUCUGGAGCACCCUGAGCCCCAUCGCGCCCCGCAGCCCUGCCCGCCUCUCCUUCCAGGCGGGGAGUCUGUGCACUGCUUCUCCAACUUUGAGGAGGCUUCCAGCCAAUGCCAAGGGCUCCUGGGCGAGGGUGUCAGCAAGGAUGCCUGCUGCCUCAACGCUGCCCACGGCUUCCAGAUCCCAGGGAGCCCAACCUGCCAGGCUUGCGGGGCCCCUCGCUGGUCACCUUGGUCUGCUUGGUCCCCGUGUUCGGUGUCCUGCACGGAGGGUUCCCAGCUGCGUCAUCAACGCUGCCUGGGCCAGGGAGGCCUGUGCCCUGGGGAGGGGCAGCCUGGGAGCCUUCGUUGGGAGCUACAGGCAUGUCAGGACCAGGACUGUUGCCCAGAGGCUGGUGGUUGGUCUGACUGGGGACCAUGGAGUGCAUGCUCCGUAUCUUGUGCCCGGGGUGUGCGGAGCCGCAGAAGGGCCUGUGACCAGCCAGUCCCAAAGUGUGGGGGCAGCUGCUCUGGUGGGGAAACUGAGACUAAGCCAUGUGACACAGAGACCCUCUGUCCCAUACAUGGGGUCUGGGCAGCCUGGGGGCCUUGGGGACCCUGCUCAGCCUCUUGUCAUGGAGGACCCCAGGCCCCUACCCAACGUAGAACCAGAACAUGCUCUUCUCCGGCCCCCUCAGUCCAGCCCCCAGGGAACCCCUGUUCUGGGCAGGCCUAUGAGCAGCACGGUUGUAAAAGCCUCCCACCAUGCCCUGUGGAGGGUGGCUGGGGCCCCUGGGGGCCUACUAGCCCUUGCUCAGUGACCUGUGGCCUGGGUCGGACCCGGGAACAGCGUCUGUGCAACAACCCCCCACCUCAGCAUGGAGGUGCGCCCUGUGGUGGAGAUGCAACCCGGGAUG